GAAGGUCGGGACGCGGCUGUUCUUUUGGAGGAACGCCGGCCCAGGGAAGAGCCCGGCGAAGAGGCCCGUGAGCUGCUGGGCGUCUCUGACCCGAGCAAAUAUUUCGGUUUCUUGACCACCUUGCUGCUGCUCUUCGGGCGCUCGAGCGACACGGCCUUAGGCGGUCGGCCGCGCUUCUUGCCACCCCGUGAUGACAUCUCCUCGUUUGUUUACCUUUUCACGUGCCUCUCCAAAACAUGCCACCACAAUUUGCCAAAAUGGUCCCUCAACUGCCGCCUGUGGAAAUCGGCCAACAACACGGGCUCGCCACCGGCGUGACUCCCGUGCCGCGCAAGUCCUCCGCCUUCCUUGGAAAUUCUUACCGGACACUGCUUGCUCGCUUCGGGCCUAUUUUAUCGCCACAGUCCGUCACAAUUGCGUUAAAAUUCGCCUUUAUUCCGACGCGAAUGGCAAAAGCAAGCCGAAACUCAUCGCAUGCAAGCGACGCGCUGAUUGGCUGCAAGCCUAGCCGCCAUUACGUAAUUCUUUAACCGAUUUCAACAUUCAGCCGUGAACAAGUCGGCAGCCGACCACUUUUUCCGUCUCGGCGGAAGUUCCGAUGUUUGAUUUUGGCCUAAUUUUUUGACUUGUCGACGAAUUUCACGUGAAAAUCGGCAAUCCAAGUUUGAUAAUGCAGCCACUAGUCAAUAUUUGUCAACCAAUGAGAACGGCCGGAACAAAUUAAAAUGCUUUCACAUCCUCCGUAGAUGGCUCUGAUUGCCAACAAUCAGCCAAUCAGAGAUGCGCUCUCAACCGUGCCUGUAUUACCAAAUAAAAGGCGCAAAAAUGUCAAGGGAGCGUGAGAAUAAAGGAUGAUUGAAAAAGGAAGUCAUUUGAAUUGCUUUGAAUUAAUUUUCUUGAAGCGGAAAAUCUUAAUUCGAAAGGAAAAAAUUCAUUAUAUAUUUAAUGCGAUGAAUUUAUUUAUUACUUUACAAGUUUUAAGCAGACGGCCGUAUACAAUAAUCGCUUAAAAGUUUGUUGGCACGUUGGCGCUCGAUCGCUACCUCUCACACUAUACACGUAUAUAUUGCGCAAUAUUAAUUCUUAACUCUGGCUGUAGAUAAAUGUCAAACGAUUAAAUCAACUUUAUUUAUAAAUAUAACUAAUAAUUCUUACUUUAAAUUUAUGCAGAUAUUACAUAAUGUAAAUAGUAUAUUUUUUUUUAAUUACUAUACAUUACGCUUUCGUGAAUUUAUAUUAUAGAUUUUAUUGUACUAGGCGCCUUAUCUUAUCACACUUUGUUCAGGAAACGAUGCAAUUCAGCAUAUUUAGUGGUUGGCGGAGGUCAGUAGCCACAUGCAGACUUGACGAGUAUUAUUAUAGUAUUGACCCGACCGGGUCAGUGAUAUAUGGAGGGUCGCGGCCUCAUUGCGCGAGUGGUGCUCCUCCAUGAAGCAGCGGCGGCAGUCAGCGUCUCACGCACCCAAAUUAACAACUUUUGCUGAGAUGAUGCCUCAUCAGAAACUGGUGCUGACUGCGGUCGUGAUGCUGACCUGCACGUCUGUCGUCAUCGGCUAUCCACAUGGACUUGACACCAGCAUCCAGUUCUGCGGCUCCAAUCUGGCCGACGUGCUGGAGCUCGCUUGCCAAUCAAGAGGAGGACUCCACGGACCGGGCGCCCUGCCGACGGGCAACGUCGGCCCAAGAAAGGGUGCGGGCGGCGUCACCCGUGAGUGCUGCGACCAACCUUGCAGUUGGCGGACGGUGCUCUCGUACUGCGUCAACAGUACCAUUGACGAGACGCAAGAAAAUCUUUUGCCGCCGCCACCGCCGGUCAAACCCGACGAGGACAACAUUUUCAGCAGCAACGUUUACAACUUGAUCUUUGAGCCAAAUCCAGUUCCGAAGCGGAGGAGCAGGAAGAGUGAAUGUCCCAUCAAAUGCAACUGCGUCAAGCGCACUAGAAAGAAUCAGCCUGACCGCAACCGAUUGUCCAACAACCUAAACGUGGGCACGGUUCCUCCUGCUCUCGCCCGGCAUCCAGUGAUUGUCAGGAACCUGUGAGGCUCCGAGCGCGUGAAGCAAAUUGAAGAGAAUUCUAAUCCAGACUCCGUCCAACACUGCUACCUCUGUAUAACAUUAAAAUUAAAUUAAUUUAUAUUGGAAAA